GCCCAUUCCCCGCAACUCCACCGUACCCUACCAGUAGUCUUUGUAAUCCGCUCAAGCUUCACUGGCGUGAUAAAGAUUUAAGACUUUUCAAGGAAGAUCAAAGGGCAGAAAACCAACCAAACAGGCAGCGACGAUCUGGUCGACACCACGAAUGCAACAGAAAAAACUUCGGCACCUUUACGUUGCACAUGCAAUAGAGACAAGACGACGCUACCAAAGCUCCCAUUAUCUUCAAAAGUAGGAAUUUUCUGUAGGACUCCCAAGUUGUUUAGAUAAGGAUUCGACCAAAGCGAGCUUCACAGCAUUAUACCCUCGAAAGGAAAUUGAAACGAACUCACUGUGUUACAGAGUGUUUCUUUCCGACAGUGACCCUGGUUGUAGUGCAAGCUGCCAAGGAACAACGUGACAGAAACACGCAUUAUCUAUCUAGCACAACAAAGAGCAAAAGUACAAGAUGUCAUCGGGUGGUCAGCGCUCGUCGAGCAGUGGUGGAUCUGCCGAGUCGGUAGCAGCGGGAUGUAGCUUGCGAGAGCUACGCCCCAAGUCACGACAGCGCAAUUCGCAAGGAGGAGAAAUGGAAGGACUGGCCGUCUUUACAUUUGGACGUGGCGAAGAUGGUCAGCUUGGUUUGGGUGAUACGUGUGAUUCGGACGAACCCAAGUUCGUGGAUGCCUUGCGGGGAGUGGGUGUGAGGCAAAUUGCCUGCGGGUCAGGACAUACCGUCGUCCUUACCACAGAUGGAGAAGUAUACACUUGGGGUCGCGGAGACGAUGGCCGUUUGGGCCAUGGAGAUAAUGGGUGGAAAUAUGUCCCUAGGAUCAUUCAAAGUCUGGCAGGACAAAUUGUUGUCCAAGUUACCUGCGGGUCCUAUCACACCGCUGCUGUGACAGGCAACGGCGAUUUGUACACUUGGGGAGGUGGCAUGUACGGCAAACUUGGACAUGGCAAUGAAAAUGGACAUUCAACCCCCAAACGCGUGGAAGCCCUUGUUGGUUUGGUUGUUUCCAUGAUUGCUUGUGGUAGUCGCCACACCGCCGUUGUCACUAGUCCCGAAGGAAACCUGUACACCUGGGGUGACAAUGAAGCUGGCACCACUGGUAUUGGAUCGAGGGAAGGACAUCAAUACUCACCAAAGUUAUUGGAGAGACUUGCUGGGAAAAGAGUUGUCCAACUGAGUGCCUGCGGAUUCCACACUGGGUGUUUGACCGAUUCCGGUAAUGGGGGAGAACUCGAACUCUACACAUUCGGCGAAGGCAAAUUUGGUCGAUUGGGGACGGGCAAUGAAAGGAAUUGUCAUACUCCACAUCUAGUCGAGGCUAUGGUCGGCAAGAAGCCGAGGCAAGUGAGUUGUGGAGGAUUUCACACUGCCGUCGUUACGGAGGAUGGAAAAUUGUACACUACUGGAGGUGGAGAACACGGACAGCUGGGCCACAACGAUCGAGUCAACAGGUUAAAACCAACGUUUGUGCAGGCUCUCGACGGAGAGUUCGUCUCCGAAAUUACAUGUGGCUGGUCUCAUUCGGUUGCCCUGACGGCCAAAGGUUUGGUGUACACUUGGGGCAAUUCCGACCACGGAAAACUUGGUGUUGGUUCGUCUCGUCGUGUGAGUGUACCUCAGCUGGUAGAAAAGUUAAAGAAAUAUCGCGUGGUCAAGGUUGCAUCAUACAACGAACACACUGCUGUACUGGUGGAACCUUUUGAUCACGUCGGCGCUGGUCUGGCGGGCGGUGUCAAUGCUGUCCCCGUAACGACGGCCUACAACUCGUCCAUGAGAGCCCUGGUGAAUGACGAGGAGUUUUCGGACGUCACCUUCACUGUGGAAGAUCAACCUGUGUAUGCGCACAGGGCACUAUUGGCUUCUCGGUGCGAACAUUUUGCUGCCAUGUUUCGAUCAGGAAUGAGAGAAAGUGCAGAGAAGGCGAUAAUCCCCAUCCCGGACAUGUCUCGUCCAGUUUUCUUGUUGCUAUUGGAGUACAUUUACACUGAUUCUGUCAAAAUCGAAUUGGAGCACGCUAUCGAACUGUACAUUGCGGCUGAUCUUUACCAACUGGAACGACUGCGAGAUAUGUGCUGUACAGUUGUACGGCGUAACUUGAAUGCCGAAAACAGCGGCCCCUUGCUACAAAAUGCCACCGAAGCGCACUGCCAUAUCUUGAAGGAAGUUUGCAUGGCUUACGUUGUCGAGAACUUCGACGUCGUUUCCAAGACGGAAGGCAUCAAACAAGUGAGCCACUCCUUGUUACUGGAGAUUUUGGCUCAAAGAUAACCAGGCUAUUGUACUAGUAUCUUGAUCGGUUGCGUGUUUUAAAAACUAUAUUCCACCUUGGAGGUUGCAUUGUCAAGCCAUACCUUAGACUUGCCCUGAGCCAAUCUGCAACAUCACUACAACAAUGCCAACAAAUAUAGACAUUAUGCUGGGUGGAUCUAUUUUAACUAUAGCUUCCUUUUCUAACCUGCCCGAUUGGGGCAGCAACCGCACCAAUGGA